AUGCCAUGUGGCAACUCUACACUCGGCGUCAACGAAUCCACUCACGAGUGCAUGUGCGGUGAAAAUUCAAUUAUCCAAGAAAAGAGCGAGAACGGUAGCUUUCUCACCGCAAAAGAGUGUGUGGUUUGUGUCGACAACACAAUUGCUGACAGCUUAGCGAAUACUUGCAAGCCAUGUCCAGAUCCUGCGAUGGUGGUUGCAGACGAUACGUUCAUCUGCACUUGCCCCAGCGACUAUCAAGAGGUAUUGAGCUCCUUUAUGGGCAUCCAGAAGUGCGUUCACAAAGCGCAUACCGACUUGAUCAGCUCCAAGGUCACUCUCAGCUCCGCCAAUGAAUUGGUGUACUCGUCAUUCCUGAAGGAAGAAACAGGUAGCUCGGACUCAGUCUUGUCCGUCUCGAGUGCCUUGCUUGACGAUAUUUUCCUCGCCGCUACCACUGAAUGUUAUUUCUACCAAAGUGAGAGAGAUCUGGUUGCGUGCCAAGCUCUUGGGAAUCUGUGUGUUCUGCAGCAUUUGGAUCCAGCGGCACCGUCCUGUGCAGUGUUUGAUUUAAUUCAGCGCAGUGGUCGUUCAUCGACAGUGAACAACAUCAACGGAUGGUAUACUACGUUGCCAUUUUUGAACUACCGUUCUGUAGCAUCCAGCGUGCUUCAAACGCCAGUAUCCAUGAAGAUGUCGACUGACACCGAAUCAAGCGACGGGGGUACCAGCAAACUCUCAUUCAUUCUGGCCAGUUACUUUGUGAACGGCAUGUUGAUCGGAUUCCGCUCGUUGACAAAUGAACUGGAAUAUUGCCAUCCUGAGAGCAGUACUGCCGCAACAGAUUCACCUUCGUGGAUGCGAUUCGGCGUUAGCACAGUGUCCGAGUACUCGUGCGAUCUGAAUCUUCUGCAGCCGCCGUCGCUGGUGCUGUACGAAUUGUUUCUAAUUGACGAGUCCAAAGGCGAUGGAGAAGACGGACGAUACGUCCCGGUUCCCGUGAAGAAUUUGAAUUACCGUGACAUCAAUGGGGUUCUCGUCAACCAAGAUAGCGACACCACGAACGAUUUUCUGAGCCACCGCUUCUUCUUGUACGAUGAUCAAACUGGAGUAUCCGUCGGUGAACCCUCCGCUGAGGUCGUCCGAUACGCCGAGACUAUAACGCUCACCAUCAAUACGCAAACCACCGAUCCCCACUUCAUCUACGCCCCGCUGUUGACAAUACACUACGUCGACACGCAGAACCCCCGAUCCGUUCCGCUGUUAUUUCGCGUCACGUACACUUCCAACACUGAUGGGUUUUGGUCGGCCGCAAAAUCGUUGUUUACCGUGGGGUGUGUCCUUGCCGGCUGCCGGAUCCUGCUCCAAACCUUCAACUGGUACAGACGUAGCAUCCGAAAUGAAAUCGUGGAGAAUGUGACGUGGAAGCUGCUCUCUACUCUGACGGCUUACAGUGCAUCCAUCUUUGGGCCGGUUUCCUUCGUGGUCAUGUUUUUGAUGUGCAGCUACUUGUUCAUGGUAUUCCGGAUGCAGUCCAGCACCAUUCUGAUGCUUCCUGAAGUGAACUUUGACGCUCUAGAAAGUGGCGUCGAUGAGUAUUACCCGUUUCGACUGCUGCUUCCACUUUCGUUCUUUUGCCAACUGGUUUCGGUCUUUCGUCGCGUACAUCGUCAAGCUAAACUGCAGCUCUUCUUCGUCGAUUGGGAGAAGCCCCGCGCCACUAUCAUGGACAUUGACUCGGCCAAACCCACCCACGCUCCAAUAAGUGUGUGGCGCAUGAUCCUGGUUGUCAACGAGUGGAAUAAACUGCAGACCGCUCGAAAAACGUCGCUCCAGUUCACGCUCAUCUCAAUGCUUUUCCUUCUGUACGGGUGCAACUUGAGACUUCUGGCACUUCCUGUUCCGCGCGGUCAAAUGCGGUACGUCACCGUUUCGACGAGUGCAACAGCAACUGAUGCAGAUGAUGGCCAAGUCAAUCCGUACUUGCGCUUCGCCAAUGUGUCGAUCUGGUGGCUUCUCAUCUGGGUGGGCCAAAGACUCUGGAAGUGGGGGAUCUACGAACGGUACAUCGAUGAACCACGAGAACAGCUAUUCAUCGACCUGUGCACUGUGUCGAAGGUGAGCUGUUUCUUCCUGGAUGAGACGUACCAUGGGUUUUAUCUCCAUUGUCGAUCACCGCAUCCAUUUGCCGACGGGAGUAUGAAGGAGUUAGUGGACCAGCUCAAGCAGGAAGAGGCCGGACUUACGGCCGGUCGCCACCUUGACUCCACGUUUCCCGACUGCCAAACAUUUGAAGUAUUCGUCACUCGAAAAUGGAAGCGAAAGUUCCGUAAUUUGUACUCUUCGGUGCGAGGUGACAACUUUGAAGGCAGUCGUGGUAGCGGCGAGGGGCUUAUCCAGCGGUCGUUCACGCCAAAGAGUCCACCGACGCUUCCAUUGAAAAGUGCAGAGUUGAAGCGACAGAGCGGCACGCUGACAACGGAGAGCAUGGUACAGAACGCUGACCAGUUGCGGGACUUCUUGCAAGCGUUCGCAGAAAACCAAAACGACAGGUUUCGAUGGCGGAUUUACCGUGCACACACCUGUUUGACGCGCUUCCUUGAUAUCCCACCGGACAUGUCCUUCAGCAAGCAGUCACUUUUUCUACCAGAUACUAACUCCAGAUUCGCCAAGUCCUCGUUGCUCCUGGGUAUCGAAAAUGAGCUCAUGCUGCUUGACCUCCUGUGUUUUUGCUUGUUCGACCUCUGGGUCGGCAACCAUGCAGUAUCGGCCCUGGCAACGUACGCACUCCAAAUGGUGCUGCUUUCUGCCCGAGCUCAUGUCGGUAGGGGCAAUAUUGCAAGAAGCACGCUUGUAGAUCCGCGCUUCCUGAUCUAG